UAUUUAUUUUGUUUAUCUAUUUUGUUCUAUAAGACCUGUAAAGAAUGAGCAAUUAGAUCCAAAAAAGAAAGGCGGCGAGUUGGUAGAAUAUCUCACAUAUGGAGUGGCCUGUUCUGAAGUGGAGAUAGAUGUUCUGACCGGAGAAACUCAAGUAUUGCAGGCAGACCUUUAUAUGGACAUCGGGAAAAGUUUGAAUCCUGCACUUGACGUUGGACAAAUUGAAGGUGCAUUUGUGCAAGGUCUUGGCAUGGUGACGUCAGAGAGUAUGGAGAUAGACGAGAACGGACGGACGAACAAUUGCGAUGCGAUCGGUUAUAAGAUUCCAAACAUCACAAGCAUACCACGUAAAAUGACUGUUAACAUACUGACCAAUAAUAAUGUCAGCACCUGCUUUAAUUCCUCGAAGGCUGUCGGAGAGCCACCUCUUCUUUUGUCACUUUCUGUAAUUGCCGCAAUCAAAGAGGCCGUACUCGCAGCUAGGACUCAAAUCGGACAGAAUGGAUACUUCAGACUAGAUUCCCCAGCAACCGUUAAAAGAAUUCAAGAAGCAUGCGGAAAGCAAAUUUAAUUUUUGAAUGAUUAUCGAAUAUUGAUAUUCAUAUUGAUUUAGUGUUUGAGAUUGAAUGUUACGUUAAAUAUAUUAAAUAUGAAUUGCUUGCCCGCGGAAUAUAACUGCCCGCGUAUUAUAUAGUUAUUUCAUGUGUAAUAGGAUGGGUAUUUACGGUAAUCUAAGUUAACAGUUAAUCUAAAAGUUAUGAGUUACUAUCUUUUAUACUUAUUGCAUGGUAUAUACAAUAUUAUUGUCAACCAAUCAAAUUGUUGCAGUGAAUACUGAAUUGUAUAAACAUGAUAAAUAAGCUGACUUUGGCAAUGUUAGCUAGGUUAGGUACUG